CGUGACGUGCGUUGCCAUGGCGACGGCCGGGCAGCGUCUCGCUCCGUUGGGGGGGGGAAUGACAACAAACAUGGCGGAGAGGAGCAGGACGGCAGAGACGGGUAGUGCCAUAGGAUGUGAAUAUACCAUAGCAGGGAAUGUGAGCAAGUACACUGUUCUCCCGGUUGGUUAUUGUGGACAGCCUAGAAAAGGACAUCUUAUAUUUGAUGCCUGUUUUGAAAGUGGUAACCUUGGACGGGUGGAUCCCAUCACAGAUUUUGAGUAUGACCUGUUCAUUAGACCAGAUACUUGCAAUCCACGCUUUCGAGUCUGGUUCAACUUCACUGUUGAAAAUGUAAAAGAAUCACAGAGAGUAAUUUUUAAUGUCGUCAACUUCAGUAAAACAAAAAGCCUCUACAGGGAUGGGAUGGCUCCAAUGGUGAAAUCCACAAGCAGACCGAAGUGGCAAAGAAUACCCUCUAAAAAUGUGUAUUACUAUCGCUGCCCAGACCACAGGAAGAAUUAUGUCAUGUCAUUUGCUUUUUGCUUUGACCGAGAGGAUGAUACUUACCAAUUUGCUUACUGCUAUCCCUACACCUAUACUCGCCUUCAGCACUAUCUUGACAACCUACAGCGGAGGAACAUGGAAUACUUUUUCAGAGAACUGCUAGGUCUCAGUGUGCAGAAGCGUCGGCUUGACCUCCUGACAAUAACCAGCCCUGCGAACUUGCGUCCAGGGGCUGAACAGAAAGUGGUGUUCAUCACUGCAAGAGUCCACCCUGGGGAAACACCGUCUUCCUUCGUGUGCCAAGGUAUAAUUGAUUUCCUUGUGAGCCAGCAUCCUAUUGCAAAAGUGCUGAGAGACCACCUGGUUUUCAAGAUUGCACCCAUGCUCAAUCCCGAUGGAGUAUACUUAGGAAAUUACAGGUGCUCCCUGAUGGGGUUUGAUUUGAACCGGCACUGGGCAAAUCCAUCUCCCUGGGCUCAUCCCACACUGCAUGGAGUGAAACAGCUCAUCAUUGAGAUGUACAACAAUCCGAAGAUUAACCUGGAGUUCUAUAUUGACAUCCAUGCCCACUCCACCAUGAUGAAUGGCUUCAUGUAUGGGAACAUCUUUGAAGAUGAGGAAAGAUUUCAGCGACAGGCUGUUUUUCCCAAGCUACUCUGUCAGAAUGCUGAAGACUUUUCUUAUUCCAGUACAUCAUUCAACAGAGAUGCUGUGAAAGCAGGGACAGGGCGGCGUUUUCUUGGUGGGCUCUUAAAUGAUACAUCCUACUGCUACACUCUGGAAGUCUCAUUCUACAGCUACAUAUUGGGUGGACCUACUUCUACUGUCCCCUACACUGAAGAAGCAUAUAUGAGGCUUGGAAGAAAUGUGGCCAGGACGUUCUUGGAUUACUACAGGCUGAACUCCUUGGUGGAGAAACCACUGGCAGCUACUCCUAAAACUCGGAAAGAAAAACUGCCACUUUUUAAAUGCCCUACCCAGCGGGGCCAAGGGAACAGCCAUGCUGGUGGCAAGCCAGAGAAGAGGAGCCAGGCACAUCUGAAGGACCAGUCUGUCUCCACACGAUGAGAGGAGAGGAGCGGAGCAGGAGGAGGAAGAAGAGGAGGACUGGUCUGUGGCAUGAGGCAGGGUGGAAGAGCACAUCUGGGUCUGGAACCAAUGAUGUUUCUCUUUUUUUCCCAGAUAACUAUUUCUAAGAUAACAAAUAGUCCAUGGAGGGAAAAGGGAGAGGGAAAUUAGCUAGAAAUUUUACCAUUGAUUCUUUUUAUUUCUGGAUGGUAAAUCAAUUUCAGGGCUUUUUUCUUUUUUUCUUUUUUGUUUCAUCUCUGAGAAAAGAAGAGUGACUCAAUAGAUUUACAGAAAUCUUUUGCAGGGUCUGAAAAGCUAUUUGUUAAAAUGAGAAAGCCUCCCCUUCCUCCACCAGCCUCACUCUUUCUCUUUAAAGGGAUAAUCCAUAUGAUGAGCUAACGAGGGAGUCCUGGCUCCCCUGCUGCACCAUGUGAUGUCUCCCCCUUUUAGUGUCAGGCUCAGAAGCUCUUAUGCCAAUUGCAUGUGCUAGCCCUGUUAGCUUGCAUUAAGAGAGCCUGACAAAUAGCUUCUGGGAGUCAGGCAGGCGCUCCUCAGUGUGCCGUUUAUCAUCCGCUGCAUGGUUAGGUUUUUUGCUCUUCCAUCAGACCAUUUGAGGAAAAUGGUCAUAAGAGAAAUGUUACUGUCAGGCUGCAGGCACAAAACUGGCCGCAAGACCCAUCUAACAGGCAGGAACCGUGGUCCUCCAGCAAAAACUUGUUGGGGUCUAGAAAGACUAGACUUCCCAAAAGAUGUAUGACUGAGGCAGUGUGAGUUAGGGGUAGUGCUGAAAGGGAUGAACAAACAGUGUUGUGCCAUGACAAUAAGAAAUCCCAAGUGAAACCUCACCAUCUUCCCAUUAUAUGGGCAGCACAUGAAAUAUCUGCUCAAAGCCACCAUCAUUAGAUUCUCUUGUCCCCUGUCUUGUGUGACUAAUUGAACACCUGCCAGUGAUGUGGAUUUGAAGCUCAAGGCCAAUAGUGAGUAGAAGAGCAUGACUCUGAGCAGAGUCCAAGUGUUUCCCAGGGAACUGGAAGGGAUGGUGCACCUAUCAGUCCCUCUUGCCAACCCAUCAGAAGACUUGGGAAGCAGCUUCUCUUCCCUGUCUUCUGCUAGGAGUUGGGCUGCAAUGGUGGCUUGGAGAAGAAAACGUGCGAAGACCCAACGGACAGAGAUGCAAAGGAUGAAACAGACUGGAAGUGAACAAAGACAUGUGAAACAAGACUGAAGGAGCGCCUCUUGAUGUCAGUAGUAGCCCCAGACGCUACUCUGACAGUAAAAGAGUAGUAGUUGGGUUGUAAAAGAGUAGUAGUUGGUUGGUCUAACUACUAGUAAAAGAGCUGGGUUGGUUGCUCCUUUCUUCCUUCCCAGGACUUGAGUGUCGCGAUCUAGGAAUAAUCAGGCUCAGCUGAGUCCUUGCACUGGCCUGUGUGAGAAGAAUGCAUCCUGAGUCUAAAUGAACCGGUGUGAGAAAAACUGAGAAUUGUGGACUAAACAGACCUUCCAGGUAACUUAAAUUUACUGUUACUUUUGAAACUACUCUGUUAUUCUUCAGCAAUGGAGACCUGGCUGCAAGGCCUGAGCAUGACCAACACUGAACCAAGAUGUGAUCCUACGAAGAAGUGAAAGCAACUCAGGUUACAUUUAUGCAGCCAGGAAGCUGGCAGGCCCUCGUAAGUGCUCAUCUGCCUUUGAAUACAGUUCCCAUAUUGUGUCGUGGUGGAUAGAAGAGAGGUCUGUGUGAGGUCCUUGAGCUCCCUUCCAUACAAGUAAAAACAAGACAAGCAGAGUCAAGGCUGAGGUCUGCGUUCUGUGUCUCGGGACCUCACAUGCACUUCUGAAGCCCCAUCACAACAGCCCUCCAGGGAGCAACUAGCAUACGGUCUCUAUACAGGUAGCAUAACUGCAGCCAGAAACAGUGAGCAGGUACAAGUCAGGACAAAUGUUUGGCUUUGCAUACCAAAUGCAGAAAGGAAAAGUUACUCAGGAUCUGACAAAACUUGAGCUAAUUGUGUGUCUGUGCAUUAGGCACUCGUUACCUGGGCUUUCAUUAGUUAAUUGUUUUCUCUCUGGUAAGGGGAACUUGCUUGAAAACAAGAGAUACACCACUGGAAGGAAAAUUAUUUAAAAUGCCAAGCAAACCUGAUAUUGUCAGUAUUUCAAGGUGAGGAAGGUUAAACUGUGCAGAUUUUAGGGGGAAUAAAAUGCCUUCCUAUGAUGAAUUCCAAGGCAUCCAAAAGGCACAGUGUUGGCUCUCUGUCUCCAAAAGCAGAGUAAUGAAUAGCAGUGACAGUCUGAUAAUUAAAAUGACCUCUUGGAGAUAUGGAUUAGAAGGUACGCAGAGGGGGGAUAACUUCUCCUUCAAAUUAAUCUAGUGUUAAUUUAUGACUAAGGUUGGGUUUUAUAUGGUUUUAGUGGAAGACUUUCAAAGUUGGUUUACUGGGGUGAUAAUGUUCCUUCUGCGUAUCCAUUAUUUCUUUUUGAAUGAUUCUAGAUAUACAUAUAUAUCUCUCUAUAUAUAACAAGAGAGUUUCGGGUAUUUGCUUUGCCAUUGAACAGAAAUACUCUAGAAAUAUGAA